AUGAACAUUCAGUGCUUUGUGCCCUGGAAGGCGCAUGAGGCCAUUGCUUUCUGUCUCAUCGAUGCAUAUGAGUUCGGGGGACAACUUGCUGAGUCAACUACGAUUUGGCUUGGUGAUACCCUUGGCGCGGAGGCAUUGCCUCUUGUGCUGGGAGGGGGCCUAGCAAGCAGCGCCUGCUCACUGUGUUGUAGCACGAAAUGGCCAGGCGUGUUGGGGAUCUUGUUCCCAUCCUCUUCGUGGCAGGUUUCCGUGGUGAUGAGCAGCUUUGUCUGUGUCUCGGCAGUGUGCUUUCUCCAUUGCCAGGGCACUCUUGUUUUAUGGCGCGGAGAGAUGGGCAAGGGCAAUCUGAAAAGGAUCGUGGCGGCAGGUACCAUGAUGUACACUAACCUCACACUCAUGCCGGUCUUCGCGUAUGCUUGCACCUUCCACCCUCAGUUCAUUCUUUUCUUGCUCGCGGGCAAAGUGGGCUUUGCCACGGGAGGACUUCAGUUUCAAGAGGAGAUACGACGAGCAUGCGGUGACUUCAUCAAGAGAAGAAGAGACGCACCAGGUCGGCCUCAUCGGCCCCAACCCCAACCGCUUUCGCGGUCCGACACCCUUUGGCGUGAGUUCGAGCUUCUCACGGAAAGCGUAUGUGCUUUGCUCUUCAUUGACUCGCCGGCGCCCGCAAGCAAAGCAUUGGUUGCAAAUGCAUGCAGCCGGGUAACCGCCACGUUUGGUAUUGUCUGGCUGGUCUGGUGGCCAAACAGCUUCUUCGUGAUGCCUUGA